ACUGAACUUCGAGUGGGACGAAGUUGUUUUGGAAAAUAAGCGACCGCCAAGAGCGUUUAGUCAACCGUAAUCAUGGCUGCUCGUGUUGCCGGUAUUUUUGACGAAAAUCUACGCAAUUCAGUCAAAUCAUGCAAACUUUUGGUUGUCGGCGCCGGUGGUAUUGGCUGUGAACUAUUGAAGAACUUAGUUCUAUCAGGAUUUGAGGAUAUUGAGCUGAUUGAUUUAGAUACCAUUGAUGUCAGCAAUCUGAAUCGACAGUUCUUGUUCCAAAAACAACAUGUUGGGCGCAGCAAAUCUGAGGUAGCACGAGAAUCUGCUUUACGUUUCAACCCCCAGGCCAACAUAGUUGCAUAUCAUGACUCAAUAACGAAGCCUACUUAUGGUGUCCCCUUUUACCAGAAGUUCACUCUGGUGAUGAAUGCUCUUGAUAACAGAGCAGCAAGAAACCAUGUUAAUCGUAUGUGCCUUGCUGCUGAUGUCCCUUUAGUGGAAAGUGGAACAGCUGGAUAUCUUGGUCAGGUUACGGUGAUCAAGAAAGGUAUUACAGAAUGCUACGAAUGCCAGCCAAAGCCAGCACAGAAAACUUUCCCCGGUUGCACUAUUAGGAAUACACCAUCAGAGCCAAUUCACUGUAUUGUGUGGGCCAAGCAUCUAUUUAACCAGCUAUUUGGUGAAGCUGAUCCAGAUGAAGAUGUAUCUCCAGAUGCGGCUGAUCCUGAGCAAGUUGGUGAUGCAGGACAGUCAGCCAUGGAAUCAGAAGCCAAUGAUAAAGGCAAUGUUAGUAGAGUUUCAACUAGAGGCUGGGCUGAAUCUCAAAAGUAUGACCCAAAGAAAUUAUUUGGAAAACUUUUUAAUGAUGACAUACAAUACCUCCUGUCAAUGGACAAGUUGUGGGAGAAAAGAAGGAAGCCAACACCUUUGCAGUGGGAUAAAAUACCUGAUUCAGAUAUUAUAGUUGAUGGUGAGGGAUUGAUCCAAGACCAGCGACCAUGGACAAUUUCUCAGUGUCGUGACAUUUUUGCAAAAGCUGUUGAGAAUCUUCAUAAACGAAAGCAGAGUCAACCAGAAGGUGAAGAUUUAGUUUGGGACAAAGAUGACAAGGACAGCAUGGACUUUGUAACUGCUUGUGCUAAUGUACGAGCUAAUAUUUUUGGCAUUCCUGAAAAAACUCGAUUUGAUGUCAAGUCUAUGGCAGGCAAUAUCAUUCCUGCCAUUGCCACCACAAAUGCUAUUAUUGCUGGGUUAAUUGUACUGGAAUCUAUGAAAAUCUUACAAGGACGUCUAAAUGAAUGCAAAACGGUGUACUUGAACAGACGUCCAAAUCCAAGAAAACGCCUUUUGGUUCCCUGUGUCCUAGAUAAGCCAAAUAAAAAAUGUUAUGUAUGCUCAGAGAAGCCAGAAGUUUGUGUUAGAUUGAAUGUUGAAAAGACAACAGUGAAGACACUGGAAGAGAGAAUACUUAAAGCAGCAUUAAAUAUGGUUGCUCCAGAUGUUGAGAUAUCCGAUGGCAAAGGCACCAUAUUAAUUUCUUCAGAAGAAGGCGAGACAGAAGAGAAUAAUGAUAAGCUUUUGAAGGACUUUGGUAUAAUGGAUGGAACUCGCUUGAAUUGUGAUGACUUUUUGCAAAAUUAUACUCUUACAAUCAACAUUGUUCAUAGUGAAAAAUUAGAAGAAGGAGCAGAGUUUGAAGUGCUUGGCAACCCAGAUGAACUGAAGAAGGCACAAGAGGAACAAGCAAAGAAAGAUGCAGAAGAAGCAGCUAAAAUUUCAAAUGAUGCAGGAGCUGGAGCCUCUACGAUGGUCAUGGACGAUGAAAAUGAUUUGGUAUGUCUUGAUGAUGAUGAACCCAAGAAAAGAAGAGCAGAUGAUGAAGGAACACAACCUAUCAAGAAAAUGCGAGUGGAUCCAACGGAUGAUGUUGUAGUGCUUUAAAAAUAGAACUGUUUGGUGUUGUGGACACUUAAUUUCUCUGUAGUGUACCGUUACGUGCACUGCAUUGCAUUACUUCCCUUGUGUAUCCCUACAGUACAAAGAAAUUUCUGAGGUUUUAUUUAUGUUACUACUGAGUUCUCUUAGUAACCUAUUGUGUCAAGGAAAAAGUGCAUUGUAAGUUUAGUGCUGAAACAAGGCUGCAACUUUUCUCUUUUAUAAAGUUAAGAAUCCAGUAUGGUCUUAUUUUUGUAUAGCAUUAAAAUUAAAUAUUU